AGAUUUUAUAUAAAAAGACUUUAAAAUAGUUUUUGUAUGGUUUAUUGCUCAUUAUCUAUUAAACAGCAAUUUUCUUUAUAUUUAAAACCACCUUUGUAUGAGGGACAUAUCUGGUUACCAUGUAGUACACGUUUUUUACUUGGUUUAAGCGCAUCAUCAGGAUUACUUAUGAAUCUUCGUCGAGCAGGUGGCAUUUUUUCUUUUAAUAAGGGUAUUUUUAUUUUUUAUAAUAGAUUUAUUGGGUAUUGUGGGAGAAUUAACAGCAUCACCUUAUUUUUUAGAGAAAUUGCAUCGUAAAAUGUUGAUCAAUUCUACAGGACGGCGUAUAUUAUUUGAACGUCCAAGAAUGACUUUAGUUACUUUAAAUCCUAAGUUUCUACAUACUUUGCCCGAUUAUACUUUAGGUAAUAUAUAUAUUAAAUGGAUGGAUACAUAUGGAUUUGUACCAGGAUUGCGUUCUUGUGUGCGCUAUAUUAAUCAUGAAGAAUGGGCUUAUGUUAUGCAACGUUAUAGAGAAUCACAUGACUUUUAUCAUAUAUUAAUGGGUUUACCUGCAACUAUAGAAGGCGAAAUUCUUUUAAAAUGGUUUGAAUGGAUUAAUAUGGGUCUUCCGAUUGCAAUAUUAAGUGCAAUUUUUGGAUCAUUUUCUUUAUUUUUAAAAAAAAAAUGCAAAAAUAUAUCAUAUCCAUUGAUAAAAUGGGCAAUUCAAAAUGGACAACAAGCACGUGAAUCAAUGAUAAAUAUUUAUUGGGAAGAGGAAUUAAAAACUGAUAUAAACAUUUUAAGGAAAAGAAUAGGUAUUAUUCCGUAUGAUUUAAAAGAGAGUAAAUAA